UCUACUCUCUAGUAUCUAUAUGAAGUAUAAAAAAUUGUAGCCCGAUAUCUCCUAUAAAUACACCCAAGUCACAUCAACCCAAAGUCACACACACAAAGAAAAACAAAAGAACAAAGAUGGGAAUCAUUGGUAAGAGUGUUUCUCUAACUCUCUUUGCACUUUUGUGCUUCACUUCCUCUGUUUUCACCUUAGGAGUGAAUCAACCUGGUUCAUCAGAUCCCUUCCAUAGCCUUCCCCAACACCUUCCCCUACCUCCAAUCAAACUACCAACUCUUCCACCGGCCAAAGCUCCCAUCAAACUACCAGCCUACCCACCAGCCAAAGCUCCGAUCAAGCUACCAACUCUCCCACCAGCCAAAGCUCCGAUUAAGUUACCAACUCUCCCACCGAUCAAACCUCCUGUUCUCCCACCAGUUUACCCUCCUAAGUACAACAAGACCCUAGUGGCAGUUAGAGGUGUGGUCUACUGCAAAGCUUGCAAGUACGCGGGCGUCAACAACGUCCAAGGCGCUAAACCCGUUAAAGAUGCGGUGGUGAGACUUGUGUGCAAGAACAAGAAGAACUCAAUAUCGGAGACAAAGACGGACAAGAACGGAUACUUCAUGCUCCUGGCCCCUAAGACGGUGACCAACUACGAUAUCAAAGGUUGUCGAGCUUUCCUCGUGAAGUCUCCAGACACCAAGUGCAGCAAAGUGUCGUCACUCCACGAUGGAGGCAAGGGCUCCGUUCUAAAGCCGGUCUUGAAACCAGGAUUUUCCUCGACCAUCAUGAGAUGGUUCAAGUACAGUGUGUACAACGUUGGUCCAUUCGCAUUCGAACCUACCUGCCCCAAAUGAGAUGGUGUUAUAAGAGCUACUUAAACUUUUAUUAAUCAAUGAUUGUGUUGAAUAUGUAUCAGCUUGGUUUCUUUGUAUGGGCUUUUCUGGUAGUGUUAAUCUUUCUAAUUUGCUUCUUAAAUAAAAAGUGGUGACGUUUACAUAUUAGGUUUUUCUUGUUAAUUCCUUAUCUUCGUGACCCCAAAAGAAAAAAGAAAAAAAUAGUUUGCUAAAUAAAAGAGACUCUGAAUAUGUUAUGUGGAUGUUAAUGAACACAACCGUUGAUAUAUUAGCCUAUAUAUUAAUUCAUUAGGAAUCGAAA